UCCAGUGCUAGUAAGUAGCAGCACUGCAUCAUCAGUGAUCUAGCUAAGACACACGCAGUGCACGUGAAAUGGCUCGGCUGAAUGGUGCCUCAGGGGCCUGCACACUCCUCGUCGUCCUGCUGGUGGCGUGCGCUGCGUCCGCAGCGCGCACCGAACCGGGCGCCGCGCGGCAGCUGUGGAGCGACGGGAGGAAGGUGGGGGGAAGGACGGAGGUGACGGACGUGGAGGGCGACAGGGAAGUGCAGGAGCUGGGGCGGUACUCCGUUGAAGAGCACAACCGGCGCCGGGAGGAGGGCUGCGAGGGCGGCGGCGGCGGCGGCGUCUGCGGCCGGCUGGAGUUCGCCCGCGUGGUGUCCGCGCAGCGCCAGGUGGUCUCCGGGAUCAAGUACUACCUCCGCGUCGCGGCCGCCGAGGAAAACGGCGUCAGCGACGGCCGCGUGUUCGACGCCGUGGUGGUCGUGAAGCCCUGGCUCCAGUCCCGCGCGCUGGUCAGGUUCGCGCCGGCCGACUCCAAAUGAGCAGCUGCAUGCGCCGCGAUCGGACGAACCGCUACGUGCGUUUUUGCGCGUGAGAGUACGUUAUGUAGGAUCGAAUAACGAAGGGUGCGAGGUACGUAGAGUUGAGCGGAGGAUCAAGGCUGUACGAUGAGGCAGGCGGCCCAAGUUUUGUAAGGUC